GAAGAAGAAGCUUGGAAGUCUGGACUGCUCUAUGGACUGGACAGAGCCCGUCUAUUAGACAUUCUCUGGUCUGGAUCUGGAUUUUGGAAGGCUGAUCAAUUUGUUUAGUUUCUUGAGUGGUUACAGUGUCGCACUGUCAGUGUUCACCAUGGCCUCUGAACUUUACCACAAAGAAAAAACGCUAGUAAUGCGGAGUAGAUUGAUUGGGCAGUCCUGUCGCCUCUUUUUUCCUCACGACCCGAUUAAAAUCCUAAAGGCUCGAGGACAGUAUCUGUAUGACGAAAACGGAAUGGAAUAUCUGGAUUGUAUAAGUAACGUGCAGCACGUGGGACAUUGCCAUCCUGUUGUCACUCAAGCUGCCACAUCUCAAAUGGAGCUUCUGAACACUAACACCCGCUUCCUGCAUGAUAACAUAGUCACCUAUGCAGCCCGCCUUUCUGCCACCUUGCCUGAUAAGAUUUGUGUCUUUUACUUUGUCAACUCCGGCUCUGAAGCAAAUGAUCUUGCACUUCGACUUGCCCGACAAUAUACCCAGAAUGAAGAUGUAAUUGUGCUUGAACAUGCCUACCAUGGUCACCUCACUUCGCUUAUUGACAUUAGCCCAUACAAAUUUCAAAAGCUGGGAGGCCAAAAAGAAUGGGUGCAUGUGGCACCUCUUCCAGAUACCUACAGGGGUAUGUACAGGGAGAAUCAUCCAAACCCAGCUCAGGCUUAUGCAGACUCUGUGAAAAGUUUGGUCGAUCAAGUACAAGGCAAAGGCCGUAAAAUCGCUGCAUUUUUUGCAGAGUCCUUGCCUAGUGUUGGAGGUCAGAUCAUUUUACCUCAUGGAUACUGCACAAAGGUGGCAGAAUAUGUACGAGCUGCUGGUGGUGUAUACGUUGCUGAUGAAGUCCAGACUGGCUUUGGUCGAGUUGGGAGCCACUUCUGGGCUUUUCAGCUGCAGGGGAAAGAUUUCUGUCCUGAUAUUGUGACUAUGGGCAAACCUAUGGGCAAUGGUCAUCCACUGGCUUGUGUGGCCACAACAGAAGAUAUAGCAAGAUCCUUCACAGACAAUGGAGUGGAAUACUUCAAUACAUUUGGUGGUAAUCCUGUGUCCUGCGCUGUUGGAUUGGCUGUUCUCGAUGUCAUAGAAAAAGAAGAUCUUAGCGGAAAUGCCACUCGGGUUGGGGGCUAUCUGAAGGAGUGUCUCAAAAAACUUCAGGAAAAGCAUGCCAUGAUUGGAGAGGUGCGGGGGAUUGGAUUAUUUCUUGGGUUUGAGAUGGUGAAAGACAAGUCAGAAAGAACCCCUGCUACGUUGGAGGCAGCACACCUGGUUAAAAAGUUGAAAGAUGAACGGAUCUGUAUCAGUACUGAUGGCCCUUGGGAAAGUGUCAUAAAAUUUAAACCACCAAUGUGUUUUAGUAUGGAGGAUGCAGAUCGAGUUGCCAAGACAAUUGAUAAGAUUCUUUCAGAAAUGUCCACAGAAUGAAAUUCAACGUUUCAAAUAGGAUCAUCUCAUAAUCGCUUCAAUUUUAUAAUGUUGAGAAAAAAUACAGAUUGUUUGUCAUCUUUCUUCAGAGGGAGUAACUAAGCAUCAGGUAUUCUAAUAGUCACAUCAGUCAUUAUCUGCUUAAUUAAAGACAGUCAAUUCAUUGUGUA